AUGAUUACAGAAAAGAGUUUAGAAUUACCUUGCUCAAUAGUUGAACAUAAGAGUAAUGUUAAAAUGAUAUGUCUAAAUGAAUAAUGUACAGAAUUUAGACUAUUUUGUAUGAAAUGUGUUUAAAAUAAACAUCAUUCAACUCAUUUAUAAGAUUGGAUAGAUAUUCCAUAAUUUAUUGAAUAAAUAGAAAAAUUUGAAACAGAUUAUGAAAACCUAAUGAAUGAAUUAUCUAAAUAUAUAGAUAAUAUUCUAUAGAAUUUUUUAAAUUUAAAAGAAGGAAUAAAAAAAAAAUAUGUAUUAAAUUAGUAGAGAAUUGAAAAUAUAGGCUUAAAUGAAAUAAAUGAUGUUAUUAGUUAAAUGUUAAAAUACAAUGAAUUUAAAGAAGAGACUAUUAAAAUAAUCUAAGAAAAUGGAUAAAUAUUUAAUCAAUAAAUUAUAAAUCUCUUAAAUAAGUUGAUUGUAAAAGAAGAAAAAAAUAGAAAAUUAAAUAAAGAAAUAAAUAGUGAAUCAAGUGAAAAGAUUAGUAGAUUAAGUGAAGAUAAAUAUUAAGAAGUAAUCUUAAAAGAAAGUGGAUUAAGUGAUAAAAUAAGUAGAUCAAGUGAUAAAUUUAGUGAAACAAGCUAAAAAAACAAAAGGGUAGUUAAAAAAAAGAGUUUGUCAAAGGAAAAAAGUUAUAGAUUAGAUGAUAAAAAUAGUUUAUCAAGGGAUAAAAAUAUUGUUUCUAAUCUUAAAGAUAUUCAAUAAUCAUUAGAACUUUGUGUUAAGGGUAUUUAUUUAAUUACAAAAUUUGGUAGGUUAGAAGUUAACUGAAAAAUAAAUGUUUAAAGAAGCUAUUGAAAUGUUUAAUUAAUCAUUAGUUUUAAAUCCUAGUAAUUCUAAAGCAUUUUAUCUUAAAUGUACAUUCAUCAUAAUUUUUAGCAUAUAGUCUAAGGUUAAUAGAAAAAUAUGAUGAAGCUAUAGUUUGGGCUGAUAAAGUACUUGAAAUAGAACCUAAUCAUAUUAAAGUUUUAGAUUGUAAAAGUAAGAAUUUAUUAAUAUUUUAGUUUAUUGUUUAUGUAAACUUGGAAAAUACAAAGAAGCUUUGGAUGUUAUAGAAAAAGUAUUAUAUAUUAAUUCCAAUCAUUUAAAUUCUUUGAAUAAUAAAGGUAAUUGAAUAUGGUAAUUGAUAGUAAAUUGCUUAAGAGAACUUAGACAAUAUUAUUAAUCUAUUUAAUUAGCAGAUGUGGUUUUAAAUUUAGAUCCCAAAAACAUAAAUACCUUAUUUUGUAAAAGUAAUUAUAAGUUCAAUUUCAAUAGUGUAUAGUUUAAUUAUGAUUGGUAAAUGUUAAGAGGCUUUAGAAUGUGCUGAAAAUACUUUGGUUGAAAAUCCAAACAAUUCUAAGAUAUUGUAUUGUAAAAGUAAAAGUAAUAAAUAAAUAAAAGUUUAAAGUUUAUUUGGUCUCGAAAAACAUGAAGAAGCAAUUCAAAUGAUAGAUAAAAUUGUAAGUGUAGAUUCAAGUCAGAUCAAUCUUAUUUGUGUUAAAGGUAAAUCAAUUUUGAAAUCAUAGCAAAAAUCUUAUUUAUACAAAAAAAAUCAAAUGAAGCAUUAAAAAUUAUAGACAAGGUAUUGGUAUAAGAUUCUAACAAUAUAGAUGCUUUGGAUUGCAAAAGUAUUAUUAUUAUCCAACUAUUUUUUAGCUGAAAUUUUAUAUUCUCUUGGAAAGUAUCAUAAAGCUAUUAAAUUAGCUGGUAAAAUUUUAACUAAGAUUCCUAAUCAUCUAAAUGCUUUAAUUUUUAAAAGUAUUGUUUAAAAUAUUAUAAGCCAUGAGUUUAUUUAUGCGUAAAAAAUAUAAAAAAGUAGAAACUUAUGCUGACAGAGUAUUGAGUAUUGACUAUAAUAAUCAAACUGCUUUAUUUUAUAAAGGUAAAAUAAUAUUAACCUUAAGCAAAUAGCUUAAAAUAAGAAGGUAAUCAUAAGGAUGCCUUAAUUUGUAUAGAUAAAUUAUUAGAGAAAGAUCCUAAAAAUUUAGAAUUGUUAUUAUUAAAAAGUUAGUUUUCUUAUAAUAUCUAAGCUUAAAGUUUAUAUUUACUAGAUCAAUUUCAAGAAGCCAUACGCUGGGCUGAUUAAGUUUUGGAAAUAGAUCCUAAUAAUUUAGAUACAUUGUAUUGUAAAGGUUGAAAAUUUAAUAUCAUAUUUUAGCUGAUAAUCUAAGAUUGCUUGGGAAUUACAAAGAUGCAAUUGUUUGGUCCGAUAAGGUAUUGGCUUUAAAUCCUGACCAUACGAGAAGUUUACAUUGUAAAGGUAUCAUUAAAAUAAUAUAUAUAUUUAGCAAGUUGUUUACGAUUACUUAGUUAAUAUGAUGAAGCUGCCAUUUGGUCAGAGAAAGCUGUUGUAGCAAAUCCAAAAUCAAUUAAUAUUAUACGUUAGAAAGGUACAAUCUAAAAAUAUUUCAUAGCUAAUUAAUUAAAAUUGAUGGGGUAAUAUUAGUAAUCACUAGAGUUAGUAGAAAAAGCCUUGUUAAUAGAGCCAAAACAUAUAAAUACAUUAGAUUGCAAACGUUUUAAAUUAUUUUAUAUUAGUUUAAUGCAUAUAUUGGCUUGGAAAAAUUGAUGAUUCAAUUGCACUAUCUGAUUAGAUUUUAGAAUUAGAUCCAAAUAAUCUAAAUUCCUUAUGUUGUAAAGGUAAAUGAAAUUUAAAUAUUUUUAGCUGAUUGUUUAAGAUAAUUAAAAAGGUAUUAAGAUGCUUUGUUAUGUUGUGAUAAAAUAUUAGAUAUAAAUCCAAAUCAUAUAGAUAUUUUAAGUUGCAAAAGUAUAUUUCAUCAUUUAACUUAAGCACAAUGUUUAUAUAAACUUAAAGAGUACAAUUAGGCAUUAGAUUAUAUUAAUAAAGUAUUAGCAUUAGAUCCAAAUAAUGAGUAAGUUAUUAGUUGUAGAGGUAUAUAUAACAUUAUAUUCUAAGUUAAUGUAUUAUUAGAAAUGGGUUAACAUGUAGAAGCAUCUAAGUAAGCUGAUAAGGUUUUAGAAAUUAAUUUUUAGAACAAAGAUAUACUAAUUUGUAAAAGUAUCCAAAUUUAUAAUAAAUUAUAAGCGUAGUGUUUACAUUUAUAAAAUAAAAAUAAAGAGACUCUUAUUUGUGCUGAUUUGGUUCUAGAAAUUGAUCCCAAUCAUGUUCCUACUUUAUAUAUUAAAGGUAAUUCAAUUAUAUUCAUUUAGCUAAUACCUUAUUUAAACUUGGUCGUUUUAAUGAAGCUCUAGAAUAGACUGAUGCACUUUUAAAAAUUAAUCCAGAACAUGCUGAGACUAUUCUUUGUAAAGGUACUCUAUUGUUAUAUUUAGCCAAUUGUUUAAGAUUAUUAGGAUAAUAUUCUGAUGCACUCAUCUAUAUAGAUAAAUAUUUAGUAAUUGAUCGUAAUAAUUUAAUUGUUAUUGAAUAAAAAGGUAUAAAAUAAUUGAUAAUUUAAUUUAGCUUAACUCUUACAUUCUACAGAAAAACAUGAAGAAUCAAAUAUUUGGGUUGAAAAAGUUCUUGAAUAAGAUCCAAAUAACAUUAAUAUUUUAAACUAUAAAGGUAAUUUAAUUAUUAAUUCUUAGCUGAUAAUUUAAGAGCUUUGGGAAAAUAUAAAGAAUCGAUAGUAAUAGCUGAAAAGAUUUUGGCCUAUGAUUCUAAAUCAGUAAAUGCUCUAUUUUGUAAAGGUAGAAUUUGAUGAAUAUUAAUAGCUGAUUGUUUAAGGGCUUAGGGUUAGUUUAUUUUAGCUGAACAAUGGGUUGACUUUGCAUUAAAGCAUGAUUCGAAACAUGUCAAUUCUUUAGCUUGCAAAGGUAAAAAGUUGUCAUAAUUAGGUGAAAUAUUAAGAAUGCUUAAACAAUAUGAUUAAGCCUUGUUAUAAUUUAAUAAUGCUUUGAGUAUUAAUCCUAAUAAUUAUAUUUCACUUAUAUAAAAAGGUAUUCAUAUAUAUAAAUAUAUUAAGGUGCUUGCCUACAAGAAACAAAAAAGUAUUCAGAGGCAUUAUCAAUUUUUGAUAAAGCAUUAAAAAUUAAGCCUAAUGAUGAAUGGGUUCAAACAAGAAAAAGUAUUUUUAUAAUAUUUAUAUAUAGAAUAAUGUGAGGAUGUAUUUAAGAAACCAAAUUCUAUAAAAUCAAAAUGA